CUUCAUAGUUGACGAAGAACCUCCUAAUUAAAUAGCUAUUGUUCUCCCAAGUCUCCAGCUCAAUUAUCUCGUUUUAUAUGCAAAUAUCGAAUGCGAUGCUUUAGGAUUUGUAUCUUUUUCUAUAUUCUAUACAUAGUCGCGAUCGGCAGAGCACAAAUUACCCCACGGUGCAUUUUAGCUUUGUUUCGACGCAUCCUAUGAACCCCCCACCUGUUCCAACACCCUGUAUCUCCUCCUCCGUCUUAAAACUAACGUGCUGAUCUCUUGACUGAGACCGCCAUACCAUAUCUUGCGCCCCCGCCCUCUCCCUCCUCCUCUCUCGCAUAUAUAUAUAUAUAUACACCAAUAUAUGGGUGAACGUCCACGAGUUGACCCAUUCCCCGAGAACAGCCGGGAGGAAGAUGCCGGAGCCGUUUUCGUCCUCCAAUCAAAAGGACAAUGGUGGCACGCGGGUUUUCAUCUGACGACGGCGAUCGUGGGGCCGACGAUACUGGCGCUGCCGUUCGUGUUCAGAGGGUUAGGGUGGGGCCUAGGGUUCUUCUGCCUGACGGUAAUGGGAGUCGUGACUUUUUACUCAUACUACCUCAUGACGAAGGUGCUCCAACACUGUGAGAAAGAAGGUCGCCGACACAUCCGAUUCCGAGAGCUCGCCGCAGACGUGUUAGGCUCGGGAUGGAUGUUUUAUUUUGUAAUAUUCAUUCAGACGGCUAUCAACACUGGAAUUGGAAUAGGAGCAAUUCUACUUGCAGCAGAAUGCCUUGAAAUCGUCUAUUCGAACCUUGUUCCUAACGGGUCCCUGAAAUUGUACGAAUUCAUAGCCAUGGUGACGCUUGCAAUGAUAGUUCUCUCACAACUUCCAACCUUUCACUCUCUCAGACACAUCAACCUGGGUUCGCUUCUUCUUAGCUUGGGCUACACUUCCCUUGUGGUUGCUGCUUGUAUUUAUGCAGGUACCUCAAAAAAUGCCCCUGCAAGGGAAUACUCCUUGGAAACUUCGAAGUUACAUAGAGUUUUCAAUGCCUUUACUUCCAUAUCCAUUAUAGCUGCCAUUUUUGGGAAUGGGAUACUACCCGAGAUACAAGCAACUCUUGCUCCACCUACCACUGGGAAGAUGGUAAAAGGUCUUUUGAUGUGCUACAGCGUAAUUUUCAUUACAUUCUACUCGGCUGCAGUGUCUGGAUAUUGGGUGUUUGGAAACAAAGCUAGCUCGAAUAUUCUCAAGAGCCUGCUGCCGGAUGAAGGACCUUCCUUGGCUCCAACAUGGGUUCUUGGCCUUGCUGUCAUCUUUGUUCUCCUUCAGCUCCUUGCCAUUGGCCUCGUUUAUUCCCAAGUUGCUUAUGAGAUCAUGGAGAAAAAAUCAGCUGACGUGAAACAAGGGAUGUUUUCAAGAAGGAAUCUUAUUCCUCGGCUAAUUCUUCGGACGCUAUACAUGAUAUUUUGUGGGUUUUUUGCAGCAAUGCUUCCCUUCUUUGGAGACAUUAAUGCUGUAGUAGGAGCAAUUGGCUUCAUUCCUCUGGAUUUCGUCCUCCCAAUGCUUCUAUACAACAUGACGUACAAGCCUCCACGAACCUCCCUCACCUAUUUGAUCAAUGUCUCUAUUAUGAUCAUCUUCACAGGCACAGGAAUCAUGGGCGCGUUCUCUUCUGUAAGACAACUGGUGGUUGAUGCCAACAAGUUUAAGCUCUUUAGCAGUGAAGUGGUCGGUUAAGCUCAUAAUAAAUCACCCCCUUGGCUGAAGAACCAUACCAUUUUAGCCUGUUGGAAUUUGAACUAAGGUUUCACACUUCUUUUUUCGGUUAUAAUCUGUAACAUGAGAAGGCACUGCAAAAACAUGUGCCCGGACAUAUGCCUAAUUAUAUUUUUGUACUUAUAUAAUUAUAGGAGUUUUCGAGUUUGCAAA